UUCCUUGAGCCCUGUUUUGAAAUCGGUGCAAACUGUCAGGUUAUCUAAAUGCGGCUAUCUCAGAUUUCCUCCCAUACUUAUAAGGAAAGGUGCCUAAGAGAGACACAAAAUCCAGCUUGUGUUGAAAUGCUCACCCAAAGAGGGCUUUGUUUCUACAGCUCUCCAGCCCGAACAGAGUGCAGCUGUUGACUCUCAGGACUCAGUGAAAGAACAACAGGUCCACAGUCCACGGAAGCCAUGACGAAAACAACCACUUGCGUGUACCACUUCCUUGUUUUGAACUGGUACAUUUUCCUCAAUUGUUACAUCCCACAUAUUGGAAAGGAUGAGGAGAAGCUAAAGGAAUUCCAUGACGGUGGACGAUCCAAGUACUUGACGCUCCUUAAUCUGCUCUUGCAGGCCAUUUUCUUUGGGGUCGCCUGCCUGGAUGAUGUGCUGAAAAGAGUCAUUGGAAGGAAAGACAUCAAAUUCGUCACACCCUUCAGAGAUCUGCUUUUUACCACACUGGCUUUUCCUAUAUCCACAUUUGUAUUCUUGGUAUUCUGGACCCUCUUUCACUAUGACCGGAGCCUCGUUUACCCUAAAGGCUUGGAUGAUUUCUUCCCAGCAUGGGUUAAUCAUGCAAUGCAUACCUCCAUAUUUCCAUUUUCACUGGUUGAAACCAUUCUCAGACCACACCACUAUCCAUCGAAGAAGCUAGGACUCACCUUAUUGGGUGCUUGUAAUUUUGCCUACAUCAUCAGGAUCCUGUGGCGUUACAUUCAGACUGGAAACUGGGUGUACCCCGUGUUUGCCUCCCUCAGCCCACUGGGUAUUAUUCUCUUCUUCUCAGCCACUUACAUCCUGAGUGCCGGCAUCUACCUGUUUGGAGAGAAGAUCAAUCACUGGAAAUGGGGUGCCACAGUGAAGCCAUGGAUGAAGAAGAAUUGACUGCACACUGUUUUCCAAGAGCCAUGGAAGAAGAAACUUAGGAACUGGUCAUCUUCCUAUUCUUCUUCUUUUUAUUAUUAUUUCCUUUUGGAUCGGGGUGGAAUUGCUCGGGGAGGUAGAAAGGAUGGAGAAUGUUGCAUCGUUUUAAUAAAGAGUGUGAACGGAGCUUUACUUGGGAUCUCUUGGUUUUCUAAAAG